UUAACCAUCAGCAGCAUGCUGAAAGUAAACAAACAAAUGAGGACAAAGUGCUAAAAUGCUAGGCUCGAUAAAUAAACGCGCUGGUGUGGCUUGAGGACGCAGUGCCACAGUGAAGUUCAUAUACCUUGUAUAAUUGUAAUGAUAUAAAUUGUUGUCACCCAUGCGCCGGUCUGCCACGUGAGGGAGGCGCAAAAUGGGAUCUUGACCCAUUUUUUUUUCUUUUUUUUUUGCCUCCCUUCCUCUCUCCUCCUCAAGAUGAAAUUUGAAACCUGGGCCAUUUCAGCCAAGUCUGUCCCCCGGGCUCUCAGUUCCUCCGGCUUCAAACACAGCUCUGCAUCACCCAGCUCCAUUUGGCUUCUUUAGAACUAAAUCACUUUUGACACACUGACAGGAAAAUAUUAUCCGUUUUUACGAACCACCCAUUCAAUUAACUUUUUUUUUUUGCAGUUUUUUUUUCUUUUCUCUUUCUUUUUUUUUUAGCCUGUCAGUUGCAUGUGGAUUCAAAACUAUCCGAAAAAGAGCCUGAAGACCACCAGCAUUUUUUUAAAAAAAAUAAUAAUAAUAAUAAUAAACCUCUCUGAGUCAAAACACUUCUCCUGCUGCAAUCAGGCCGGGAUGCGGGUGGUCCUGAUUGUACACUGAUCUCAAAAUAGUUGAAUCAUCACCGGCAUCCUUUCUUUUGUCUCGGUAGCAUCCCUGCCUCUCCACUUAGAGUAUUGUUUGUGGGAUGUAAAGACCCACUGAAGUACUUUGGUUUGUUUUGGCAUUUUUUCCCUCUCCAUAAAGGAAUUACGCUGUUUCGCCGGGAGGAGAGAUUAUGGCAAGAUUUUUGUUGAACAUGAGUCUCGUUUUGGUUUUGUUCGGAUUAUUUUUGCUCUCUUUUCCAUCUGCAAGAGCCGAGCCGGGGCUGCUGGAUGAAGAGGAGGAGGAGGAGAGCUCCUGCCAGGGUGCUUUUGACCUGUAUUUCGUGCUUGAUAAAUCUGGCAGUGUGAAGGAUCACUGGAAUGAAAUCUAUGAGUUUGUGAAGAACUUAGCAGAAAAAUUUAAAAGUCCUAUGCUGAGGAUGUCCUUCAUAACAUUUUCCUCAAGAGCGUCCAUCAUUUUGAAACUGACGGAAAACAGAGUCGACAUCACGAAGGGUUUGAACGCACUGAACAGAGAGGUUCCCGGUGGAGAUACCUUCAUGCACCUCGGAUUACAGCUUGCAAAUCAGCAGAUAAGGAAAGAGAACUUUGGUACUGCCAGCGUGAUUAUUGCUCUGACUGAUGGAGAGCUACAUGAGCAUCAGCUUAGAGAUGCACAACAUCAGGCGAAUGAAGCCAGAUCUCUGGGAGCUAUUGUGUACUGUGUUGGUGUCAAAGACUUCAAUGAGACACAGCUGGCCACCAUUGCAGACACCAUUGAACAUGUGUUUCCUGUGUUGGGAGGCUUCCACGCCCUGCGGGGUGUCAUUGAUUCGAUCAUCAAGAAAUCCUGCAUUGAAAUUUUGGCAGCUGAGCCUUCCAGUGUUUGUGCAGGAGAGUCUUUUCAAGUGGUGGUGAAAGGGAACGGGUUUCUCCAUGCAAGAAACAUCGACCAGGUGCUCUGCAGCUUCAAAAUCAAUGACACCAUCACCAUCAAUGAAAAGCCAGCUGGUGUAGAAGACACAUUCUUAUUGUGUCCAGCUCCUGUUAUCGAUGAAGUUGGAAAGGUGAUUUAUCUCCAAGUGAGCAUGAACGACGGUCUGUCCUUCAUCAGCAGCAACGUUCACAUCACCACCACAGAGUGUUUCGAUGGCACCAUUCUCCUGAUCACCUUGCUGGCGUUGUUCCUCCUCCUUGCUCUGCUCUUCCUGUGGUGGUUCUGGCCGCUCUGCUGCACUGUGGUGAUCAAAGAGCCUCCUCCUCCACCUCCUCCUGAGCCUGAGUCCGAUGACGACGACGACGGUCUUCCCAAAAAGAAGUGGCCCACUGUGGAUGCCUCAUAUUAUGGAGGAAGAGGAAUUGGGGGAAUCAAGAGGAUGGAGGUGCGCUGGGGAGGGAAGGGUUCAACUGAGGAGGGGGCUAAGCUGGAAAAGCCAAAGAACGCUGUGGUGAAAAUGCCAGAGCAGGAGUACGAACCCUAUGAGCCAAAACCUAAGAAACCUCAGAACAAGAAGCCACCUCAGAGCCGGAAGUGGUACACGCCCAUCCGGGGGAAACUGGACGCCAUCUGGGCUCUGUUCCGCCGUGGGUAUGACCAGGUCUCUCUGAUGAGACCCCAGCCCGGUGAUCAUGGUCGAUGCAUAAACUUCACAAGAGUGAAAGAGGAGUCAGCGGCAGCCAAGGCCCCACCUCGUACCCCUAUCUACACCCCUUCGCCGCCACCACCAGACUACCGCCCCAUAACUCGCACCACUCCACCAUCUACCACUGCCACCAGCCCCCCUGCCAGAUCUCCACCAUCAGGCCAGGUGCCCCCAGGACCACCGCCAUCGCGCACUCCCCCAGGGCUUCCCUGUCCACCGCCAUCGCGUCCUCCCCCAAGCCUUCGACCCUAAAUCACAAAGACAAACUCCUCCCACCUUACCAAUGCACCUGCUUUGAUAUCACAUUGAUAUUACCGUCCUGUUGACUAGUUCUUUCACUUUGAAGGUUGUGGUCCUCACUGCCAAAGGUACUCCUACUAUAAGCCAAAGAUCAGCAGUAUAUUGAAUGCCAGUUGUUCUGUGUGCCACAUCUGGUAUGGGAUAGCAUAUCAAGUGAAACUGUUAGCUGACAAUUAAGCCAUUUUAAUACAGGAUAUCUAACUGAGCUCUGUAUGUAGUUUUUUAUGUGGCAAUCUAAGAUUGAACCUCCAAAAAAAUAAAAAUGUAUAGUCACAUGAAAAAGAAAGUUUUCACAGGUCUCUGUGCAGUUCUGUGAAAAACAAAGUGCAACCCAGGAUUGUAGAACCACCAUUAGCAGCAAUAACAUGAAAAGAUGUAUGGAUGGAUGUUUAUGGCAUUGCUUAAGUUCACUUGACUCAGUGACUACAAGCUGUCCAGGUCCUUUAACUACAAAACAAGUUGAAAUCACCCCUCCACCACAGUGCUUGACAGUUGGUAUUAGGAAGUUUAUGUUUAUAUGCUUUAUAUACUCCACUUUGGUUUUAUCUGUCCAAAGGACAUUGUUCUUCCAGAAUACUUGUGAUUUGUUCAGAUGCAACGUUACAAACCUAAGCCCUGCUGUCGUGCUGUCAUGUCAAGCCAUACUGGUUCAGUCUUUUUGUUACUUUACUGUCGUGAACUUUAGUACUUAACAUAUUAACCGAGUCCUGUUGAGUCUGAGAUGUAGCUCUUUAGCUCAUAAUGAUUUUUGCUGUUUCUCUGAGCAUUGCAUGGUCUGGCAUUAGCGUGACUUUGCUGUGAUGAUGCGACUUGCUUCUACUUACUUUAUGAACUCCAGUAAGGAUGUAAGGAGUUUUUAACAGAGCUGAUUAGAGUCCUGGUAAACCUUUCUUUUUCAUAUGGCUGUGAAAAAGACUAUGUGACUAUUUGCUGAUAAGCAAAAAAAUUGUUUUGCAUAGCAGUUCAACUUAAUAUUCUGUCUCAUAUAAAGUGAAUGGGGCUAUUUGGGAAAGUAUUUUACUUUGCAUUUGUGAAAUCAGGGAGGAUUGUUGCUGGACAGCAAAGCAUGUGGGAACGGAAAAGUCCAAAAAGAAGAUUACUGCAAUGGAUGAAAGUUCUUUGUUGUCUCUAUCAACUACUGAGUUAGGCCUUUGUUAAGUUAAAAUCAAAGUAACUGUGUGUGCUAGGUAGAAUCAAUUGGCUUAUUUCUCCAUUGCUGUGUGACCAAUGAAGGGUUUUUAAGAACUGGAUUUCCAAGUAAUCUUAGCUGAUCAUAUUUUUAAUGGUGUUACGUAACUGAUAAGAAACAUAUGUUUUUCUAAAUUUCUUCAAAAAGAUUUGCAAUUUGGUGCUGUUUUGUUAUCCAACAACAACGUACCAAAGUAACAAAUCCCGACUAUAUAGUCCAGAGAUGAUCCAGUUAUAUAAUUUGUGGUCAGGUUUUUGUGCCUUUUGUGACAGGGAAGUGUACGGAGGUUAUGUGGAAGGUGUGUUUUUACAGUAUAUGUUUGAGAUAUGUUUUAAAUACUUUGUUGGUUGAUAUCUUGAGGCUUUGGAAUUUGUCCUUAACCGCGUUUUCAUGUAGUUGAUUUUAGGUUACAGCAAUUUAUGUUUUUUGGUUUGUUUUGAUUUUGGUUUUUUUUGUAACUGCGCACAUAGACUGCUGGGAAAUUACAAUGUGUAUUUGCUUUUUUUAGCAGUGAAGCUGAUGAAAUCAAUCUUCAAAAAUCAGGUUCAUGUCUCUCCUCACAUUUUUAUACACAAUGCUGAUACUGUACUUUAAUACCAUUAUUAUGUGUAUUGUAUGUCUUCAGUUAUAUCAUCACCGGUCACGUUGCAACUGCAGGGCAGUUCAAAGCGCAUCUAAUUUAUUUUACUCCCCGACAGAAAUAUAGGAGAGUACUUGAAUAUUGACAAGGUGUUCAAUCACCGAGAUGAACACUGUGUGAACAGUUAGGAAACACAACAGAUAACCAUUUAAAGGUCAUUUUAGGCUUACCAGCAUUUAUCAACCCCUACACUAAAAAUGAGCAUUUUGGUAAAUCUGAAAAAGAUUUUGUCUACAUUAGAAAAUCGUUCUAGCUAGCAGAUAAAAAGACAAUUUUUUAGCCUAGCAUUAACUCAUCGUAAUUGAGAUAAAACCUGCCAAAAAUUAGCAAAAACAUUUAGAUUUCUUGGUUUAGGAAAGAGGUUGAAACUGCUGGUAUUCCUCCUAUAGCCAAUGCCCUUUCAAGUUUUCUUCUUCAUCAUCUUUUUUUUUACAAUUACAAUUUCAAUGUACGUCAUUCACUUAUGUCCUGUACCGUUGUGUUGCUACAUGCAUUGGUAACAGCUGAAAAACUCCAGUUAGCUCAUUGUAGUUCAUACCUUUGAUGUCAACGUGCUAAAUCAAACCAGUUGGUUUGUUGUAAUGUCCAUAAACAAAAUGUAACAUUAGCAAGACAAACACAUGCUUUGCUAGCAGUUUCUAGCAUCAUAUUUGGCUGCAUUGCCUGUAGCUUGGAGGUGUUGUAUGGCCCUACAAGGUGUCAGUAUAUACAUCAGGGAAGAGGAUGAAAAUGGAGAUUAUACCACCAGCCACCCUGUUUUCUAUGGCUCCGUUUGAUAUCCUGCUAUGGAUUACUGUUACCUUUUUGUUUUUAUCUGCCACUGCAAAAAAUAAGAUUCUGCCUUAGAAAUGUUAAUUGUUUUCAGACUCCCAAACAUUGUGCUUUAUUAACAGCUGGAGCAUCAAUAAAUUACAGAUUUUUUUAUGUCUUGCAGACUGGGUAUAUUUUUUUAUAUUCUGCUAAUUGAGUUCAACUGUAAUAAUAAAUAAGAAAUGCAGCAUACGAGUAUAAACAGCAGUACUGAAGCAAAUAUGAAAGACGUAUAUAAUUUUCUGUUGUUUGAUGUGAUUUUUUUAACAGUAUCAAUAAAGGUUGACUCCUAAGCUUCUAAAGAAAGUUUCAUCUUUGUGAUCUUUGUUAGAUUCAUAUAAAUGCCUGCGUUACUGAUUUGGA